GAAACUGGGCCGUACUGGUCAAGGCUUGCGUGGGAGGGGCAAGAUGGCGACCCAGGCUUUGGGGCUGCUGAGGGAGGUAGCGAGGCUGGACGCGCCGUUGGAGGAACUGCGAGCACUUCACUCAGUGCUACAGUCCGUGCCGCUCAGCGAGCUUCGCGAGCAAGCGGCAGAGCUGCACCUUGGUCCGCUUUUCUCCCUGCUCAACGAGAACCACCGGGAAAAGACUACUUUGUGUGUAUCCAUUCUGGAGAGACUGCUCCAAGCUGUGGAGCCAAUUCAUGUGGCCCGGAACCUCAGAGUUGACCUGCAGAGGGGAUUAACUCACCCUGAUGAUUCUGUAAAGAUCCUCACUCUUUCGCAGGUGGGAAGAAUUGUUGAAAAUUCUGAUGCUGUUACUGAGAUUCUAAAUAAUGCUGAAUUACUAAAACAAGUUGUUUAUUGCAUUGGUGGAGAGAAUCUAUCUGUAGCUAAAGCGGCCAUCAAAUCUCUAUCAAGAAUAUCACUAACCCAGGCUGGACUUGAGGCUUUAUUUGAAAGUAAUCUGCUGGAUGAUUUGAAAAGUGUAAUGAAAACGAAUGAUAUUGUUCGAUACAGGGUAUAUGAGCUCAUUGUAGAGAUUGCUUCUGUGUCACCAGAAUCUUUAAAGUACUGUACCACAAGUGGGUUGGUAACCCAGCUCCUGAGAGAAUUGACCGGUGAGGAUGUCCUAGUCAGAGCCACCUGUAUAGAAAUGGUGACAUCACUGGCAUAUACUCAUCAUGGACGACAGUACCUUGCUCAAGAAGGGGUUACUGACCAAAUUUCUAAUAUAAUUGUUGGAGCAGACUCAGACCCUUUCUCUAGCUUUUAUUUGCCAGGUUUUGUGAAGUUUUUUGGGAACCUGGCUGUCAUGGAUAGUCCUCAACAGACUUGUGAACGUUAUCCUGUCUUUGUGGAAAAAGUCUUUGAAAUGGCAGAAAGUCAGGACCCCACCAUGAUUGGUGUAGCAGUAGACACAGUUGGAAUCCUAGGAUCCAAUGUUGAAGGAAAACAGGUUUUACAGAAAACAGGAACUCGCUUUGAACACUUGCUCACAAGAAUAGGACAUCAAGCAAAGAAUGCCUCAACAGAGCUAAAAAUUAGAUGUUUAGAUGCCAUUUCAUCUCUUCUGUACUUACCACCUGAGCAGCAGACUGAUGACCUGCUGAGGAUGACAGAAUCCUGGUUUUCUUCUUUAUCUCGGGACCCACUGGAGCUCUUCCGUGGUAUCAGUAAUCAGCCCUUUCCUGAACUGCACUGUGCUGCCUUAAAAGUGUUCACAGCCAUUGCGAACCAACCCUGGGCUCAGAAACUUAUGUUUAAUAGUCCAGGUUUCGUAGAAUAUGUGAUGGACCGGUCUGUGGAACAUGACAAAGUUUCAAAGGAUGCCAAAUAUGAACUGGUGAAAGCACUUGCCAAUUCUAAGACAAUUGCAGAAAUCUUUGGGAACCCAAAUUAUUUGAGACUCAGAACUUACCUAAGUGAAGGUCCAUACUAUGUGAAACCAAUUUCCACAACAGCAGUAGAAGGAGCUGAAUGAUUUCUCCUAAGUGUGAUCUAGAGGACCAGGUUUUGACCAGAAUGCCUCCUAAGGCAUUUGACUCCGUCUAAAUUUUACAAGACUUCCUUCCCCCAGAAUUAUCAUGGAAAGUCUAAUGUAACUUUAUCAACAUUAUAUUUCUAUACUGAAAUACAAAGUGGAACCAGCUGGCAAACUUAGUCGUAAUAGAACCAACGUGUUUCAGAUUCCUUUGACUGUCUUAAUCUGUGCAACAAGAUGUACGUUUUUGUUCUUCUCUCAGAAAAUUUUUGUGGACGUACAGUCUUGUUUAAAAAUCUGCUUCAAAUAAAGUGAAACCAAAUCGUUUCUAAAUUCUCUUCAUCACUUUUUUGUUUGGUCCUUUUUCCCUUUCUGAUUCUACUUUCACUUUCAAACUCUUGGAUGUAUUCUUAGAUGUAAGAGUAGUAUGGAAUCUUAAAAUUAUGUCCUCUAUACUGAGAAUAAAUACGUUUUAUAAGGUGUUUUGAUUUUUUUGUUACUACUAUUCCUUUGAAAAAUAGGCAUAAGAUAGUGUUUAUAGUAUUCAUUUGAUGGGUUUUUUUUUGUUUUUUUUUUUUUUUUUGCUGUUUAUCAAUGAAUUUACCCUGGUCUGAGAGAAAAGAAAGUGAUAAUAUGUUAACUAGAAAGUUUCUUAAACUGUCAUUUUGUUCAUCAGUGAGUUUUUACCUUUAAUUUUUUAUGUCAAUAAAGUCUUUUGUUUUUUAGAGGCAAGGUCUCACUCUGUUGCCCAGUCUAUAGCAUAGUGGUGUAAUCAUAGCUCACUACAAUGUCAAACUCCUGGGCUCAAGAAAUCCUCCCACCUCAGCUUCCUGAGUAGCUGGGACUACAGGUGUGCACCACCAUUCCUGGCUAAGUUGUUAUUUACCUACUAACUUAACUUAUUUAUUUUUAGAGAUUGGGGCUCACUAUGUUUUCCAGGCUGGUCUCAGACUCCUAGCCUCAAGUGAUCCUCUUGCCUUGGCCUUCCAUAGCACUGGGAUUGCAGAUGUUAGCUUCCAUGCCUAGCCUCAUAAAGUCAAUCUUGAGUUAAUCAGAGAGAGGGACACUUACUCCUAGCAACCAGAGUCGGCACAGAAGGGAACAGUAUGUAUAAACCAGGAUGCCAUCUCAUUAAUUUACAAAGAUAAUCUUUCACCGACAUAAACUAUACCCAUCUAUUUUCCGGUGUUGUUCUGCACUCUGCACAUCAAAUCAUCAGUUUAGAGAUUUCUGUGUGAGUAUGUUGUCAGAGUGACACAUUCAGAAUGAAGAGAGAUUUCUUGUGUAGGCCAUGGUAAAGUUAAUAAACUGUCUCUGCUCUAUAACAAAAUCAUUCACAAGUGACUGGAAUUAUCUGAUCCCCGGAUUGAUAAUCUUUCCUCUGCCUGGCCAGAAGAAAGAUAGCCUGAGUCUCUUUUUUUUAUGUAUGUCUCCAUAUUGACUUUUUUCUAUUGCUAAUAACACUAGUUAGGCUAUAGCCAGGUCUUUCCUAGCCUGAAAAAUAUUCUCUUUAAAAUGAAUUUUGCGGGCGGUGCCUGUGGCUCAAAGGAGUAGGGCCCUGGCCCCAUAUGCCGGCGGUGGCAGGUUCAAACCCAGCCCCGGCCAAAAACUGCAGAAAAUAAAAUAAAAUAAAAAGA